GUUUCAUCUUGUCUUCCAUUCUUCUCUCCAAAAAACCGCAAGGAGAACCCGUACUCUGUGAAGAAUGGGAGGCGGAAAAAAUAAACAUCUAGGUCAAUAUGGUUAUCCAGGGCAAUAUCCUCCACAACCUGGAGCUUACCCUCCACAAGCGUAUGUUAAUCCUCCGCAAGUGUAUCCACCUCCGCAAGGAUAUCCUCCUGCACCAGGAUAUCCUCCGACUGGUGGCUAUCCUCCACAAGGGUAUCCGCCUGCCAGUGGAUAUCCUCCACAAGGGUAUCCUCCUGCAUGUUACCCUCCACACAAUGCAGAUCCCGGUGCUGCAGCUUUUGGACCGCAGUGAGGUGGCUG